GAGCAGCAGCGGCGGUGGCGCCUGCGUGUCCCGCUCGACGCCGCGGCCGGUCGAUACGUACGCGCAGGCCCCGCCGCCGUCGUCGUGUUCGUCCAAAAAUACACACACAACGCCUCCCUCGGGCCGAAAAUAGGCUCGUUUUGGCGUCGAUUCGACCGGUUUUUCGGCAUGAUCCUGGAGGCGAGAGAGUCGGCCGCGCCGCUGGACGUGCUGCCCUCGAGCGGCCGCAGCACCCUGGUCAAGAAGGAGCUAAUGGUGAAGAGCCACAAUGGCAGCUUCAGAGCCGACUUCGUGUCUCCAUAUACUCUGCAGCAGACGCAGCCAAAGGAGAGCAAGGCCUUUAUGUUUUGGGUCUUGGUGGUGGUGCUCCUGAUUUUGGCCCUGGUCAACAUGAUCCUCACCUUCACCAUUCUAAGCGUCCUCAGACUCGGACAGGGAAUGCAAAGCCUGGAACUCAUACCCUCUGACAACCUGAUCAAAUUCUACGGCCUAACUGAUCUGUGUAACAUCACUAAGCGGGACGGCCACCUUGAAGGCUUCCAAGACAGUCCUGUGUCUCUUACUGCCGAUAACUCAGAGGCUGUCGUCAACAUUUUGAAACACAAAGGCGCCAAGACUUGGACCACCUCGAAAAUUGUGGUCAGACCGGACGGCUUGGCCGAAAUUACAAACGUUUCCACAUUUGAGGUGAAAGAUCAUGAAGGCCGUUUGGUGUUCUCCUCUGCCUAUCCGAACUUUGAACUUCCAAAGGGAGUGAAAAAACUGGACGUGCAAAUCGCCCGCGUGAGCAGGAUCUCCAGUCCUGUCGACUCGAACCUGCUGGUCGGAUCUGACACAUACGUCAAACUCCGCGGAAAUGAGGGCACCAAAAUCGAGGGCAAGGAAAUCGUGUGGAGCGCUGACCAAGAUUUGCUCCUGCGCAGUCUGAAUGGCUCGAUCCACCUGAUGGGCGGGCACGGCGUGGUGCUCGAUGUGCAGAACAUGCCACUGGUGACCAACGAGGGCUCCACGCAGCAGUUCAAACUGUGCGUUUGCCGCGAGAAGGGCAGGCUGUUCAGGGUCAAGAUGCCCGCCACAUGCCUCAGCUACGCCGGCGCCAACAACCCUUGCGCUUGAUGCACGAAAUAAAAAAUUCAAUUGACUGUUAGGAAAAGGCGAAUUACCAAAGAUGCAUUUUUGCAGAAAAAUGUUUAUCAAACUCUGUAGAUGUAUGCGUGUUUUGCAAAUAAAAGUUAAGCAUUUACGUUAAAAUAAUA